UUUAACCUCUCUUCUAAUUAUACUUAUUUUCUCGUUAUUAUAAUGAGUACUGUAAUAAUCUUUGUAGGUAUACCAAUAUACAUGAGUUCAAUUAUCUCUGUAAGAUAAAUUUAUGGAAAUAAAAUUGCCAGAUCACAGAGUAUGAUUUGCCAUUUUGAAAGGUAUCGUCAAAUGGCCCUCUAGUAGGACUAUACACUGGGCUGCGCUGACAGUGUCUAAGAAAUGACUGCUGAGUUGCUUCAAGUAGGUCACUAUAUUCUCUGCCUCUUCAGGUUCCUCAGAGGUCUCCCAGCCCUCUCUGUUCCAGCCUCAGUCUUCUGUGGUGAGUGGACAAGGCAAUCCACAGAUCUGGUGUGUGGUGCAGGGCAGCCCUGCCACAGCUCAUGUCUUGUCUUGGUACCAGCAGCUGAUGGGGAGUGGCCCCACCUUCCUGCUGAGUCAGCGAGAAGGGAUUCCCCCAACCUAUGGUUUGGGUGUGAAUCCUCGUUUCCUGGCAGAGAUGGACCCAGCCAAGAAUGCCGCACUCCUUACCGUGGGCAAUGCCAGCCCUGCUGAUGAGGGCACCUACUACUGUGCCCUGUGGUUUUCAGGCCAGUAUGUCUUUGGAGAAGGUACCCGUCUGCUCUAUCAGGCUAAGAUGCAAUCCUCAGCUUUCCAGCCACCUGAGCUGAGCCUGUUCGUCCCAGCCUCUGGCCCUCCCUUCCAUGUACUUUGUGUGGCCCUAGGACACAACCCUGACCCUCUGAGGGUCUCCUGGGUCCUGAAUGGCCGGUAUCAGGAGGAAGAGGACUCCACUGGAGGAGGUGGGGAUCCUGUGGUCAGCUGGCUGCAGCUGAGUCAGGAGGUGGCAGGAAUGUCUGUGACUUGCCGAGGCUUGCACCAGACCGGAGUCUCAGAAGUUGUGCUGCCCCUGCCCUGCAGCCAAGGGUGUAGAAGGCGGCUAGAACCGGAGAACUGGAAUGAGACUCAUGAGAAGAGUGGACACACUCGUCUAGUGGAGCUGGAACAGACCCUCACUGCCGCCGCCUACUGCUACCUGGGACUGCUGGGUGCAGCUCUCAUCUAUGGCCUGAUUUUGGCUGCCCUCUGGAGGAAUCGCUGCCAUUGGGCCCACCCCAUGGAGCCACUUACCCAAGAGGGUCAAGGAGCAGCCCUCGGUUCCAGGGUGCAGGUGGGCAGAAAGGGCCCUCCUGCCAGGGCCCCAGUGCGCAAGGGGCAGAGCCACAACGGAUUCCACAUCCUCUGAGGGGCUGCCCGUGCACCAGACCCUCCCUCCUUGCUCCAGCCAGCUUCCUCCUAGUCCGCUGCCUUUCAUUACCUCGCGGGUCCCCUU